AUGAAUCAGAACGGCUCCGCCAUCAUAGCGAUGGUGGGGAAAGACUGCGUGGCGAUCGCGUCCGAUCUGCGCCUAGGCAUCAACCAAAACCAAACCACGGCGGUGGAUUACUCCAAGCUGCAUAAGAUUCACGACAAGCUGUGGCUCGGUCUCACGGGGCUGAUCGCGGAUCAGCUCACGCUGGCGCAAAAGCUUCGAUUUAAGCACGAUAUGUACGAACUCAGGGAGAACCGAGUGAUGUCGCCGAAGGUGUUUGCGAGUGUGGUGAGCACGACGCUGUAUGAGAAGCGAUUCCAGCCAUACUACACCGAGCCGGUGGUCGCUGGGUUGGACAAAGACGGGAAGCCGUACAUCACGAGCAUGGACCUGAUCGGGGCGGACGCAUCGGCGGACGAUUUCGUCGUGGCUGGGGACAACGUGGAGUCGCUCUUUGGCGUGUGCGAGUCAUUUUAUAGGAAGGAUUUAGAGCCCGACGAGUUGUUCAACGUUAUCGGUAACUGCUUGAACGCCGGCGUGAACCGCGAUUGUUUGAGCGGUUGGGGGGGUAUCGUGACAUUGAUCACCAAGGAUGGGCCGAUCACGCGUACGUUGAAGAACCGUAUGGAUUAG